CAGCAGCAGUAUGGGGCAUAACAAGCCUGUGGAUCUCACUGCCGUUUUCUAGCUCUGUCAUUCCUGGACUCAUGAACUAAAGAACAUCUGUGCCGUUUUUGGAAAAUAACCACCUCAAAAAAGUGUGAUAUUUGCGAGGAAAAGACGAGCGUUUCCGUCCGCGCUGCUUUGUUUAUCUUCAUGGAGUCGUCGGACCGGAGUUUGUCUGAGAUCUCUGCGCUGUCCGUGGAUUAACUCGGGACUCGCCUCUUCUGUGGAGAGCCGUGACAUAUCUAUCCCAACUACCAGCGUGGAUUGUGUCGCACACGGACAGUUUGGGAGAUAAUUAUUCUCACUUUAGGGGAAAUAAAGUGGAAAUUGUAUCAAGUCAAUGAAUGCGGGACCAACGGACACUUGUUGAAACAGUUUAAGCGUCGCUGUUUUGUCGCAGCAUUUUAGCUGAAGAGGUUAAAAAACUUGAGUUUUUUUUUAAGCAAAGGAAGACAACAAAAGGAUACGUUGUUAAAAAUUACAAACAUGGUCCGGUCAGCAGCUUAGCUAAAGGGGUUAGCUGCCGCUGUUCGUUCAGUUGUGUUAUGUUAGCAACAUGCUAACGUUAUCCUAACAUUCAAACAAGUAGUUUGUUCAAAUGCGCUAAUAUGAAGUUAAAUACGCAGAUAAGUUGCUGUGUUUAUCAGUUUAUUCUCGAAACUAAGUGUGAAUAAUUUUCAAACAUUAAAACAGCAGCAUAGUUUUAAUUUAUUCCGUUACAAGUAAUCGGGAGAUAACUUUUAUGACAGCUUAACGUUAGCUUAGCCGCGUUAGCACGACCAGGCGAACGGAGUCAGUUUGCGGCAACUUGGUACUGCCGCUCAUGUGCGGAGUGUUUCCAGGGACUCCAAUGGGUCUGCAGCUGCGCUCUCAGAGAGGAUUUGGAAGAUAAAUAGCCCUCCGCCUCAUCUCCAGAACGGUCUUCCACUUUUCUACCCCCCGCUAAAGUUUUUAAACUGCGGCCCGCACAAUGUCCGGCUCCGCGGGCACAGGUGGCUCCAACCCCAGGAAGUUCAGCGAGAAGAUCGCGCUGCACAACCAGAAGCAAGCAGAGGAGACGCGGGCCUUUGAGCAGCUGAUGACCGACCUCACCGUAUCCAGGGUGCAGUUCCAGAAGGUCCAGCAGCUCCGUCUGUCCCAGUCCCGGGCGCAGUACUACGGUGGCUCUCUGCCCAACGUCAAUCAGAUCGGCAACACCAACGCAGAUUUUCAGGGUGGCUUCCCCUCAGGGCUGGACUCGGUCCGGGGGACCCGCCACCACGGGCUGGUGGAGCGGGUCCACAGGGACCGCAACCGCAUCAACUCGCCUCACCGCCGACCCAUCGACAAGCACGGCCGGCAGAUGGAGAGCUCACCAUAUGGAGCCGUGUACCUGUCGCCGCCGCCAGACAACAGCUGGAGAAGGGAACAGCAGCCAUGGACUGAGGAAAAACGGCCGGGGUUUAGAUUAAUAUCACAGCUCAACAGAACCAACUCGGACUCUGCUCUGCAUACGAGCGCUAUGAACCCAAACCCUCAGGACCCCUUCGGCAUGAACCAGCAGAUGGGCCGAGGUCCUCCGCAGCGCAAUGGCUGGCAUGCAGCUAGUGUCAACGAGGCCGACGUAGACGGCAGCGGAGACAUUUUUUCCUUUCCUGCUCUGCCGAACGAGGAGAAUCUGAUGGGCGUUGGGAAACCUCUUCCCAAGCAGCUGUGGGAGGCCAAGAAGGUCCAGUCUCUGGCAUCAAGACCGAAAUCAUGUGAAGUGCCUGGAAUCAAUAUUUUCCCGUCUCCGGAGCAGAACCCGGGUCUGUCCCACUACCAGGGCUCGCUGAGUACCGGUGGCUCUCUGCCGGACCUCAGCAACCUACAGUUCCCCUCGCCGCUGUCCACCCCGCUGGACCCUGAAGACGGCAGUGGCUACCCCAACCUGAGCGGGGGCAGCAGCACCGGAAACCUGCCGGCCGCCAUGAUGCACCUCGGCAUCGGGAACUCACCGGGUCUGUCCUCCUCGUUGAGUAACCCGUCCAUCCAGGCGUCCCUCAACAACUGCCAGCUGCAGUCGUCGCUCAGCAACCCGUCCAUCAACUCGUCCGUGCGUCUGCCCAGCAGCUCGCCCCGCCGGCGGCCGGCUCCCAUCAGCCCCCUCACCCUGUCUCCUGGAGCCGAGCAGCGCAGGGGUCUGUCCAAGCAGCUGUCUCCCACCAUGUCCCCCUCGCUGUCCCCCAUCACACAGGGCGUCGCCUUGGAUACCAGCAACAUGCCGAGGGAACCGCCUCCGCCGUACCCGCUGUACCAGCAGCCACAGCAUGCAGUGGAUCACGGCCGGCCGCCCCAGCAGCAGCACCAACAACCACAGCAGCAGCAGCACCACCAGCAGCAGCAGCAGCAGCACCAGCAGCAGCAGCACCAGCAGCCUGUCUCCCCUCUUCAGAACAUCCCUCUGGACUUCAACACAAGCCAGGGAAACAGCUUGGCGUCGCUCUUCAGCGACCCGUUUGUGGAGCAGCAGUUCUCGACCCGGCAGAACAAGACGCUGCCCUAUCAGUUGGACCAGUUCAGCCUGCUGGAAAACGCUCUGAGCUCCUCAGCAGGGGGGUCCUGCUACGACCCGUCGUCCUCCUCCUCGCUCUACUACUCGCAGGCGGCGCUGUCCGGCCUCGGGGGUAGCCAUGGCAACCUGCAGGACCCCUCCCACAUGAGGGCCAACAUGCUGUACGCGAACUGCAGCGGAGGGCUGCCCAACAUCAUUCUCACAGAUGACUCCAACCCGAGUCUGUCCAAGGACAUCAGCAGCGCCCUCUCCACCGUUCCCGAGUGCUUCGACUCGGAGGGAGGCUUCCCGCUGGAGGACGAGCUGCGCAUCGAGCCGCUCAGCCUGGAUGGACUGAGCAUGCUCAGCGACCCCGACAUGGUGCUGACCGACCCGUCUGUGGAGGACACGUUCCGCAGCGACAGACUCUGAGCACAGAGCGCCGCCGCAGCCAGCGCCGCCGCACUGGAGAUGUGAGCAAACAGUUCAUUCUGCUGCAGGUCUGUCAUCUUGUCCAAACCAUCCAGUUUAAAAUCUGAUCUGGGAUCUGGUUCAGCCCCCGUCCCCUCCUCAAACCAAAAAAAGAAAACAAAAACGAGAUCCAGGAGCGCCGGAGUCCCUCCUGCAUUUUUUUCCCCCCCUCAGCGCCAGAUACCCUGAAGCCAUGGAAACACCAUAACCAUGGUUACACACCAUAGCAACCCCAUCACCGUGCAGAAGAGCAGCAGAAAUCCAACACAUAAUUUACGUUUUCUGUUGUGGCUCUAAUAAAAAAAGGAGCUGGAUUCCAGGCGGCGCCGGCAGCUGGAGCGGAAAACCCGGUUUCUGGUGGAAAUGAAGAAGAAAAAAA